AUGGAUCGAGCACCGGUGACCACAGGACCGAUGGACAUGCCGAUUAUGCACGACAGCGAUCGAUACGACUUCGUGAAGGAUAUUGGGUCGGGCAAUUUCGGAGUGGCUCGUCUCAUGAGGGAUAAAGUCACAAAGGAGCUCGUUGCUGUUAAGUACAUCGAGAGAGGCGAUAAGAUUGAUGAAAAUGUUCAAAGGGAGAUCAUAAAUCACAGGUCACUAAAGCAUUCUAAUAUCGUCAGAUUUAAAGAGGUCAUUUUAACGCCGACUCAUUUGGCGAUCAUAAUGGAAUAUGCUUCUGGUGGUGAGCUUUACGAGCGGAUUUGCAAUGCCGGACGCUUUAGCGAGGACGAGGCUCGAUUCUUCUUUCAGCAGCUUAUAUCCGGAGUCAGCUAUUGUCAUGCGAUGCAAAUCUGCCAUCGAGACCUGAAGCUGGAGAAUACAUUGUUGGAUGGAAGUCCUGCACCUCGCUUGAAAAUAUGUGAUUUUGGAUACUCUAAGUCUUCUGUUCUUCAUUCACAACCAAAGUCAACUGUUGGUACUCCUGCUUACAUUGCACCAGAGGUGCUUCUUCGUCAGGAAUAUGAUGGCAAGAUUGCAGAUGUAUGGUCUUGCGGUGUAACCUUAUACGUCAUGUUGGUUGGAGCUUAUCCGUUCGAAGAUCCAGAAGAGCCAAGAGACUAUCGUAAGACUAUACAGAGAAUCCUUAGCGUUAAAUACUCAAUCCCUGAUGACAUACGGAUUUCACCUGAAUGCUGUCAUCUAAUUUCAAGAAUCUUCGUAGCUGAUCCCGCUACGAGGAUUAGCAUUCCAGAGAUCAAAAACCACAAUUGGUUCUUGAAGAAUCUGCCAGCUGAUCUAAUGGACGAAAGCAACACAGGAAGCCAGUUUGAGGAGCCUGAACAACCAAUGCAAAGCCUUGACACCAUCAUGCAGAUCAUCUCCGAAGCCACCAUUCCCGGUGUUCGAAACCGUUGCCUCGACGAUUUCAUGACUGACAAUCUUGAUCUUGACGAUGACAUGGACGACUUUGAUUCCGAAUCUGAAAUCGAUAUUGACAGUAGCGGAGAGAUAGUUUAUGCUCUUUAA